AUGCCGAUCCCUCGAACGUCGACCACAUCAUCGCUCUCCAGCAAUGGCUUGACGAACCUCACAUCUCAGCCCGCACCACCCACUGCGAUUCUCAUGCAUCCGGAUGCCAUCCACUGCCUCAAGAGGCGCCAAUUGGUCAACCUCUGCGGUCGUCUAGGACUCAAAGCCAAUGGCAAGGUGCGUAAGCUGGUGACUGCCUCUCGGUACAUCCUGCGCACUGUGUGCUGACGGUCUUCUGCUCGCACUUCACUCAAGAAUACCGACUUGAUCGCUCGAUUGCAAGAUUUUGCUGCCAAGAACAUCAAUUCGGCGGGUCCUACGGCUGGCUGCUUGCCUGUGCUCAGGCCCAUUCGCACAUCCGACUCGAACGAGCGUUCCCCUUCACCUCCUCCGGGCAUCGAAUCGCCAGUCGGCAGCUCAUCCCACACUCCCAGCCCGGCAGCAGGUGACCAGAUGCACAGCGCAGAAGGUGCCGAGGGCAGCAGCAACAGAGCGUCAGCCUCGCCAAGCGUCGCGGUCUCUAGUGCUUUUCGUCCCGCGCCCUUGCCAGAGGCCGAACAUCCUGACAAGGAGGAAGAGGUGCUUACGGGCGAAUGCGAGGAAGAUCAGCAGAUGAGUCUCGAUUGUGCGCUGGACUCUGAUGUCCCAUCAGCUUCAGAGAUGCUGCUGGAGCCGACUGACGAUGCCAGCGCGAAUGACCACGGCGAAGAGGAUUUGAUCCUGUCGCACUCUGAACGCGAGGCGGAAGACGUGGAUGAUGAGCACCAAACGGACGACUGUGCAGGUCUGAUGCGCGAUCCACUAUCCGACAGCAGCUUGUCCACGUACAUCGAUCCGACAACGACGAUUCGAGCGGUGCUCAACACGCAACCAAGUAUGAUCAGCCAUCUCGCCCCCUCUUCCCCCUACUUGUCAUCCGCUGCCACGACCAGCCGCUUGCCUUCUGUUCCCGACGACGAGCCAGCUUCUGCAGAGACAGAGCUGACCACCGGAGCAGGCGAAGAAUUUGCGCCUGCUGCGCCUUUGACAAAGACUGGCAGCUGGAAGAGCUUCCGCAGCGCUACCAGCUUGAGCGAAGGAGCAGCCGUGGCCGCGCAUGCGCUGGUCGACGGGUUCAGGGGCCUGAAGGCGAGUGCCUCGGCUGUGCUGAGUCCCAACAAGGCUGGCAAGCGGAAGCGCAACGAUGACGAAGCGCAACAUGAAGAUAGCUUCGUCAUGCUCGAAUCUCCCGCUACGCUUGUGCGACGCUUGGAGGAGCUGCGCAAUCCUGAUACAUCGAUGGAUCAUGCUACGGUACCCAUCCUCGCACAGCACCAAGGUCCGCCGGCCAAGCCGAGCGACGAUAAUCGUGUCAUCAAGUCCCGCCCUCGUCAGUCAUUGGCCGUUCAGGCAGCUGACGCGAAUCGGUCGAGUGCCGCGCCUUCCCCCCUUCAGAAUGGAAACCGGAAGGAUCUUGCUCCCACAUCGCCCCCAAGCAUGACGAAUGAAGCCUUCAGUGCGACGUCCGCCUCUUUACUGGCUGAUAUCAAUGCUCGCUUGGCUGCUCAAGGGAUCGCCCCUCUUCGAGCCAUGCCUGGCACGUCUGAGGCUAGGGCAAUGUACGAGAACAAGUCGAGUGGUCUCAAGCCCUCUGCUUCGACCCUGACUCGCUUCGACAGCGCGCACGGCAAGGCUUUCGAUCAGAUGGACAGUAUUGCCAAUCAUUACGCUGCUCGGAGAGGCAAGACUUCCAAGAGCACUACCGCGCGCUCUUCGGGCACGUCGAGUCCUGCUUCUCGAAGAAGAGAUGCAGCCAGAUCACCUGCCAUUAGCAGAGCUGCGACCACUUCGAGCCUCGCUGUCCAAGCCGCAGCUGCAUCUGCGCCCAAACGGCAGCGUAUGGAGCCGAAGAAUGCAGCGUCCAAUGGUACCUCAUUUGGCAGUAGAUUCGUGGGCGCUGUUAGAGGCGCCUUCAGGCCGCGCACCGCUAGUGGCAAUGCGGAACCCACAGACGCUGCGCGAGCAGUCACUCAAAUGGCUACCGCGACUACGGCUGCCGCGAAAAUUCCGGCGGUGGUCAAGAAGACGACAAGUUCCACGACCUUUGGUAUACGCUUCGGCAAGAAGAUCGCGGGCCAGACUGGCCAGUCAAAGAGAGCCAUCGGCGCCUCUACGAUUACCGCAACCGCUGGUGCAAGGACUGCUUCUUCGACCACGGGGCUGAGCAUUUCCUCGACCACUAGCAAUCUGUCCCGAUCCAACGGUAGCGCUGCCCCACCAAGCAGUGCCAGCUCUCUCGCUCGAUCCAAGACGCACACGCAACUCUCCAAUGGUGCUGUUCAAUCUCCCCGCUCGACAGCCUCGACCAUCUCUAGCCGCACAGAAUCCUUGCCUGGCAAGAAGAAGCCAGUAUUCGACCUGCAAGCUAGUUUAGCGCGGAAGCCGCAAGGAUACACUCCUUACUCGGCUUCCGAAACUAUUCAGCAGCUCAAGAUGCAAUCGCAGACUCUUGUGGGCGGACCAGUGACGGGGGAAGCAGUCAGAUCGCCCACCAGCACAGCGGCCAAAGAGUUCAGCGGUGCGGAGCAUUCUUUGCCACGCUUCACCGGCAUGUCUCCAAGCAAGACUAUGCCCUCCCUCACUGCCGUCGUUGCUCCUGGCUUACCAUCAUCUGCGGCUGCAGGUAGCAAAUUGAUCUCCUCUGCGUCUCAACACACACUUCGUCGAGCGACGGGCAGCAUCGCAAGCACCGCAUCGAAGCGUCCAGCAUCGAGCGCUCCCUCUACGACCAGACACUUAGCUCCCCGUGCACGCGCCGCAUCCUCCGCUCAAGGUCCAGCACGCAAGACCCGCUCCAGCGUGUCCAUCGCCUCUUCAGCAGCUGGCAAGUCCAAGCAGCAGCAAGUUGCGAUCAAAGUCAGCUCUCGAGCUGCGAGGCCGAAAGCCAGGCUGAGCAAAAAAGGAGCAGAAAUCGCAAGGGAGGCUAUGGGCUCUACGAUUCAGACAAAGCGGAGCAGAAAGACGGCACAGGUGGCCAAGACGAAGGAGGAGGGGCGCCGGGAAGAAGAGAAUGCGCAUGUUGAUGUGGAUGUGGAGAUGAGGGACGAGGAGAGUGCGGAGGACAAGGCGCAGUCUCGCUAUCAGGGACAUGAGCCCGUGGAGAAUACCAAGCGUCUUCGUCGAGGUCUGCGUCGCUCACAAGGCUUGCGCAAGCCCAGCAAUGUGGCGGAGAGCUGA